CGAGAGAGUUAACGGUGCGGGGAAACUCGCUCGCCGCUCCUCCGCCCGUGCCGGGCGCUUGGCAACCGGGGCGCCGCGCAUGUGGGACCGCCGGGGGCCGCCGCCGCCCCGCCGGGCCCCGCGUCCCCCUCCCCGCCCCGGACAAGGCGUUUAACGUGCCCAGGCGUGAAGUAUGGCAUGCAAAGAUGGUUUCUGCCAAGGAGCCAGCCAUCGCCAUGUCCUCGGGUCUCUCCAUCGCCCUCCUGCACUGCCUGUGCCUGGCGACCUGUCUCACCGGGCCGCCAGGGCAGAUCAAAAAAGAGGAGAAAUUGUGGCCGGAGAAUUUUACCAGCAUCCUGAACAGCCUCCUGGAUGGCUAUGACAACCGGCUGCGACCGGGAUUUGGGGGUCCUGUUACUGAAGUCAAAACAGAUAUAUAUGUCACCAGUUUUGGACCUGUUUCUGAUGUAGAAAUGGAAUAUACAAUGGAUGUCUUCUUUCGUCAGACAUGGGUUGAUAAAAGAUUAAAAUAUGAUGGUCCUAUUGAAAUUUUAAGACUUAACAACUUGAUGGUUUCGAAGGUAUGGACUCCUGAUACUUUCUUCAGGAAUGGGAAAAAGUCUGUUGCACAUAAUAUGACAGCCCCAAAUAAACUCUUCAGAAUAAUGAGAAAUGGCACCAUCCUGUACACAAUGAGGCUUACAAUAAGUGCAGAGUGUCCCAUGAGAUUAGUGGAUUUUCCCAUGGAUGGUCAUGCUUGUCCUCUCAAAUUUGGGAGUUAUGCUUAUCCAAAGAGUGAAAUGAUUUAUACCUGGACAAAAGGACCUGAGAAGUCAGUGGAAGUUCCUGAGGAGUCUUCCAGUUUAGUUCAGUAUGACCUGCUUGGGCAUACGGUAUCUUCUGAAACUAUAAAAUCUAUUACAGGUGAAUAUAUUGUUAUGACAGUUUAUUUCCAUCUCAGACGGAAAAUGGGUUAUUUUAUGAUUCAGACCUACAUCCCAUGCAUUAUGACCGUGAUCCUCUCUCAAGUUUCAUUUUGGAUAAAUAAGGAAUCAGUUCCUGCUAGAACAGUAUUUGGAAUAACCACAGUGUUGACAAUGACGACACUGAGCAUCAGUGCAAGACAUUCACUGCCAAAAGUAUCCUAUGCUACUGCCAUGGACUGGUUCAUAGCGGUUUGCUUUGCCUUUGUGUUCUCUGCUCUCAUUGAGUUUGCUGCUGUCAACUACUUUACUAACAUUCAAAUGGAAAAAGCCAAAAGGAAGACGGUGAAGUCCCUUCUUGAAUUUCCAGUUGCUCCAGUACAAAGGAAAAGAAGUACAGAAGAGACAUUCACGGAAUUUUUGAAGAACGUUGGAUGGAAACUUUUUGUCUACCAUAGAUAUAAUUUUAAUGUAAUUUGUGUAUCUUUGCACAGUAGUUCACCUCAAUUGCUGCUCUGUCAUUUGGCUGGAGAGAACUGCUUUUGGAUGAAGGAGGAAAGACAUUGCUGCCUGCUUUCUCUCCCUUUGAUUUCUGCUGUGAGCUUUGGCAGGGUUCUCUGGGAAGGCUGGAGGGAAGGGGAGCCAGAGGCAAAGUUGGUAUGGUGCAGGGCAGUGCUUGGGAAUGGUAUCAUCAGAGAGGCAUAAAACAUAGGAUUUUUUAUAUAUAACAAAUGGUUGUUUCAUCCUCUCUGUAUUUAGACCUGUGUACCAUAUCUGUCCUCAAGUCUUUGUCUUCUGGAAAGCAGUUAGUUUCUUAAUUAGAAGAUAUUCACAUAUUAUAUCUAAAGUAUUAUAUGUUUUACACCAUAUUUAGGUGCAACACUGAAGGUCAGAAUUCUUUAGAUACCUUUCUAGAAGGAAAUUCAGGAUAUGUUAGUCUUCCUCUUAAGUGCAGAGAAGAAAGGCAGAGACCAAGUGCUACUCCCAAAAGUCAGUAGAAUGUUAAACUGAUGGAUUUCCUGUUCCUGUACUUCGUUAUCUGAAUUUGGUUUCUAAUGCAUAAUAAGUACUAUUUGGUUGAAGAAUAUCUUUCAGAAAGACAUCCAGACUUGCCUGAAGAUACCAAGUGAUGGAGAAUUCACCACUUCUCUUACUUAAUGAACGGAGAGGAGUAGUUGAUGAGAGACUAAUUUAUUCCCUGGUUCAGUUGUGCCUGGUGAAUUUGUUGCCUAUGGUUGAUGUGAAAAAGUACUGACUUUAUUUCUGAAAGAGCAGCAAUGUGGUAACUUGGUUUGCGUUUUAACAGCCUCUUCUAUAGAAGACUAGAGCUCCUAGUAUAUAGUAGUUAUUUUUCUGAAGAGAUAUAGAAUAAAUAAACCUUCAUGGCUGGUAAGUUGCAUCUAGAAUGCUUUUAUAUAAUCAAAGAAAUAAGUAGACAUUGGAGAAUCUUGUUUUGAGCUAGAGCCUGGAAAAAGCUGUGACUCAAACCUGAGAAUGCUUAGCUUCAUGGCAUUCAGUUUGUAUAGGUACUGCACCACAUGGAGUGUGAUGUAUUUAGAUGUCUUCACUCUAGUAUUCCAACCACAGGUAAAAGGAGCUCUUGUUUGUCACUUUACAUGCUAUUAAAUCUAUUUUCAUCAGUUUUUGGUAUCUUUGUUCUUCAGGAUCAAACUAUGGUUAUAUUUGUGAGUAUUACUCGGAUAGUGCUUAUUAUAGUUUCCAUUGCUUUUGUUUGAGUGUUUAUUUUAAGAAUGACAAGUAUUUUUU